AUGGCCCCCGAAAGCCGCGGAGAUCAGAUUACGGGUGUUGCCAUUUUCUUUCUAUCUCUUACGACUUUUGCUUCUAUACUUCGCGUGUACUGCCGAGGAUGGGUCAUAAAAGCCUUUUCUGUAGACGACUGGCUUGCAGUCGCUGCCCAAAUUCUCUUCAUAAUCUUCAGCGUAUAUGAAAUUACCGGUGUCCACUAUGGCACCGGCCAGCACAACUCAAAUCUCUCCACUGAAGACUUCUCUAAAGCGAUGCAGAUGUGGUGGACCUGCGAGCCGCUUUACGUAUUGACCAACAUGUUCAUCAAAGCCAGCAUCGCCAUCUUUCUAUUACGGAUAUGUGUUGAGCGGGUACAUGUCAUCGCCAUUUGGAUCGUGACGGGAAUUACAGAAGUCUACAGUUUGUUCUUCUUCUUGCUAUUUAUUCUGCAGUGCCGACCUACCUCGUUAUUCUGGCUUCGAUACACUGCCGACCCUCCUGCGGGGAGCUGCUUGGACGCCAUGAUCGUUCCCGGCGCGUUCUACGGAUACUCUAUAAUCAGCUGUAUCACAGAUUGGACCCUGAGCAUUCUCCCCGUGUUCAUGGUAUGGAAUCUCCAAAUGAACACUAGAGUCAAGAUCUCUGUCAUUAUGAUUUUGGCAGCUGGUGCCAUUGCAUCGAGUGCUACUAUUGUCCGGCUUCCCUAUCUCCAUACACUGACCGAUAUCGACGACUUCCUCUACUCCACCUCGGACGUCGCCAUCUGGUCAACCGUCGAAACGGGCCUCGGCAUUAGUGCAGCAGGUUUUGCCACUCUCCGACCACUGCUUCGCGUCUUCUUGGGCGGGGGAUCCUCUGCCCAGGCAGGCGACACGUCCGGCCGACAGUGGCAUCGGACCGGCAGCGGCAAAAACGCAACCACCGACAUAUUUGAGUUGGGAGAUCGCUCCGACAAGCGCAUGGGAAACACGACGGUCAUAGAGCACGACGACGGCGAGGACACCAAUGACAGUAAACUCGAUCUUGAGGGCCAAAAGGCGAAGGACAAUCGAUCCGAGAUUUCAGAUGUGCGUGUGGACGACUGGAACAGCAGCCAGUCUGAUCUUGCCGCAACUAGGCCUCCACCAUCAGCGAAUCCGUGGAGUAUCACAGUUAAGAAGUCGGUAGUUCAGACGAGGGACGGGUGA